AUGUGCAUGAAGUGUGGCGAGUGCAAGGCCGGUCAGGGGCACUACUGCGCCAAGAAAACUCAUGUCUACCACGACACUUUCAAGAACGGAUGCCCCGCUCCCUUGCACGGUGGUUUCGCCAACCGAAUCCGUCUCUUCACUAUGGUAACCACUCCUCUGUUAUGUGAUGGUCUCACCAUCUUUACCGCUCUUCGCAAGUACGGCGCUGGAGCCAAUAAGAUGGUUGGAGUGAAGGGCAUCGGUACCUUGGGCCACUUCGCGAUCCAGUACGCCAAGGCCAUGGGGUCGAAGGAUAUCGUUGCUAUCAACGGCAGCGAUAUAACCUUUGAGGAUGUCACCAAGCUUGGCGCCACUCGCUGCAUAGACCUCUCCAACAAGGACGGUUUCCAGGCGGAGCAUCGCAAGAUCGACUUGCUCCUGGUCAACAGCUUUAACGAAUCGACCAAUUGGGAGGUUGAUCUCUCGUUGGUCUCGAACCAUGGCACAGUUGUCGUCCUCGCGCUCUCAAAGGUGCCCAUGUCCAUCCCGACCAUGCCCUUGGCGCAUCGCGACAUCAGGAUUGUCUUGUCGUUCCAGGGCGGUCGCAACGAUGUCAAGGAGAUGCUGGCAUUCACGGUCAAGCAAGAAAUCCACCUAUGGAUCGUCAAGGUUCAGUUCGACAAGAUCAACGAUGCCAACGAGUCCAAGGAGAAGGAAAGCAACGCCGAGGCGAACAAAGCCUGGGGGUGGAGCAGUACCCUCAAGGAGGACUAA